AUGAAAAAAAUUGCCGAGAUAGAUAAUAAAGUUCUGCCAGAAGCUGAUAUUAUCAUUUUUUUUGAAGUUGAUUAUCAGAAGUGGUUAGAAAACCUAAAAGUCCGCAAUCGUGAGGUUGACCAAGACAAAGAUUUUAUGAAAAACUUCGAAACCCAAAAAUUUCUUCGGGAAGCCACUCAAAAAUAUUGUGAAGAAAGAGGGAAAGAAUUUAUCAUUUUCCCCCAAGAUAAUUCCUCAGCCCAAGAGGCAGCCCAAAAAAUAAAAAAUCUCUUUGACGAAAAUGCGGUUGUGCAUCUUCAUGAUUUAUCCGUUAAUGGCUAUCUGCCUAGUGAUGAUGAUAAACUUUCAUUCUCAAAAGAUGAGAAUAAGGUAUCUGUCUUCUACUAUCCAGACUCGGAAAUACUGAUGUUAGUUGGGGAUAGAGGAAUAAGUUUUGAAGAAGGAGAAGAUGUUAACCAAAAAAUUGAAGAAACUAUUGCAAGUACGGAAUUAAAUGAAGAAGAUAGUGAAGAAUUUAUUGAAGAAAUUAAAAAUGAAAAGACACGGGAGAAAAUCUUUUUUGGUGAAAGGGAAAGGAGAGAAUAUAAAUUAGAGGAUGAAGACAUUGAAAACUGCCACCAACUAUUAACUAAUAUUCAAACUAUUCUCACUAAAAAAGAGCCUAACAUAAACAAGGAAUUUUUAGCCGGUGAAGAAUGGCAAAAUUUAAAUAACUCUUUAACUAAUGUCUCUGAUGAUUUAAAAGAGAUUAUUAAAAAUGCGGAUUAUGAACUUCUAGAAAAGGUUUCAUUAGCAAGUAAAUAUUUUGGAUACUGUAUAAUUGAUGAGAUUGAGGAUUUAAAGGCCGCUCGUGAAUUUUAUAAAGAAAAUAAACCAUCAAGACUAGAAACUUUUCAAAAAACUGGGAAGAAACCAAAGAAGAAAUUAAAGAUUGAUGACAAGCAAUUGGAACAAAUUAAAAACUUGGCUCAACAAAAUGCCAAUGAGUACCAAACAAUUGAAAAUGAAAUUAAUCGUAUUUUAAACAAGGACAUUACGAAAGAUUAUAACAAGCCGCUACCCUACACGGUUGAAAAACCAAUAGGCGGUAGUUCGCCAUCUUCUGGUCUAGAUUUAAAAGAUAUUAAAGAGGAUCUUAAAAAAUUAAGAAAAAUAACUCCUUUCAGUGAAGACCAUCCAGCAGCAUCGAAUGAAUAUUUGGAGGAACUUGGCGAAGAAUUAACUGACUUUGAGAAAUCUUGCGUUGAAGCAAAGAAAACAAAGCCGGAACUAGAAAAAUUAAAAAAAGAUAUUAAACAUUGGAAAGAAGAUAUUUUUGUAGGUCUAGAAAAAGAAACUCGGCAGAUAUGGCAAAAAUACUUUUAUGAUAAUCGAAACACUUACUGA